AUGGCUGUAAGAAACUCAAUAAUCAGAUGUUUCUUAAGUCGCAUUCCUGCUGCAUUAAGAUAUUUACCCAGCCAACAGAAUUGCCAUAUUUCAUUCUCUUCAUAUUCAACAAAGGCUUGCAGUCAGUUGUUAAAAAGGAAAUUGCCAUUCUGUGAUGAAAGGAUUGUAGGGCUCACAAGUAUUGGCAGAAUCAGCCAAUCUGUGUAUCAUACUCUAGCAUCCUUUAGGUCUAGAGAAACUUUGCUAGCUCCUGUACACAGUUGUUGGCCAUCAUUUGUCCACCUUCAGAUCAGGGACACUCACAGUUCAGUAGACCUGUCACAGCCUAUUUUCUUAAGUUCUGAGAAGCAUCUGAAUAAUACAGCUAUUGUAGACACACAAGGAAGCUUCAGUUACGCAGAUAUUUUGCACCACAGUAUGUGCUUGGCUGUAGAAAUACUUGGUCUACAUGGUGCAGUCCAAGAAAUGAAGUUGAAUGGAGAGAGAAUAGCUUUACUUACAGACCGGGAUGUCACAUAUGUCAUUGGUCAAUAUGCUACAUGGAUAUGCAAUGGGAUUUCUGUUCCGCUUUGUGAAUCGCAUCCUCCUUCAGAAUGGGAGUAUUUUCUUAAGGAUGCUGAAUGUUCCUUGUUAUUAGUCGCUGAUACAUUAGCAGAAAAAAUAAUUCUAGUGGCACAGGCUGCAGGGAUAAAAGUGAAAGUUAUUUCCCGAAAAGAUUUUGGAACAUAUGAGAAGAACAGGUGGUUUCAGGCAGACCAUGCUACAAACCCAAGACAAGUUCGGAAAGUGUUCCAAGAAAGAAAACAAAGAUGGUUUGACAGAAUGGAGGAAUUUGUAAUGAAGAAGUCAGCACUGAUUGUAUACACAAGUGGAACAACAGGAAGGCCUAAGGGCGUUGUUCUAACACAUGGCAAUCUGUCUGCUAUGGUCUCAGGAAUGAUUAAGAACUGGGAGUGGACAUCAAAUGAUGCUAUUCUACAUAUUUUGCCCCUUCACCAUGUACAUGGGAUUGCAAAUGUCUUAUUAACCCCACUAGCUUGUGGAGCAGCCUGUAUCAUGGAGCCAAAGUUUGAUGCUCAUAGAGUUUGGAGCCUGCUUACAUCUCCAGCAGUAGAACACUUUGACAGAAGCAUCAAUCUCUUCAUGGCUGUGCCAACCAUCUAUGCCAAACUAAUCCAGUAUUAUGAUGAGCAUAUAGUAAAAUCAAAAGCUGCUAUUGUUUCUGAGUUUGUGCGUCAGACUACUUCCUCAAAAAUCAGACUUAUGGUAAGUGGGUCGGCCGCACUACCUCAGCCGAUUCAUGAGCGAUGGGCAGAGAUCACAGGCCAUGUUCUGUUGGAGAGGUAUGGGAUGACAGAAACCGGCAUGAUUCUCUCCAACCCCCUGCAUGGAACUAGGGUACCAGGUGCCGUAGGAACUCCAAUGCCAAAUGUUGAAGUCCGCAUCUCAAAACCAAACAUCUACAGCCCUCUUGGUUACGAUAUCAUAGCAGAAGGAAACUCAAGGCACACAGUUGUCACACAAGGUUUAGAAGAUGACCAAGGAGAAUUACUGGUUCGAGGUCCAUCAGUGUUCAAAGAAUACUGGAAAAAACCAGAAGCCACAGAAGAAUCAUUUACGAAAGAUGGUUGGUUUAAAACAGGUGAUACAGCCAAAUUUUCCAAUGGAGUGUACAGUAUUGUUGGACGUACGAGUGUAGAUGUAAUCAAGAGUGGUGGUUACAAGAUCAGUGCCUUGCAUGUUGAACAGAAGUUACUAUCACACCCAGAGAUUGUGGAUGUUGCUGUCGUUGGACUAGCUGAUGUAACAUGGGGACAAAAGGUAGCCGCUGUAGUUGUGUUGAAACCAGGAUAUACUCUGGAGUUGAAAGAUCUUCGUGAGUGGGCAGCUGAUCACCUGCCACCCUACCAGAUCCCAACUAAACUUUUAUGUGUUGACUCCAUUCCACGCAAUGUAAUGGGGAAAGUGAAUAAAAAAGAGUUAGUAACCCAGUUAUUCCCAGAGUCAGCCAGCAGGAAAUGGUGA